UAAUAAAUUUUUUGAGGUUGUCCUGUUGGUUCUGCUUGACAAGAGAGAUGUCAGCUUCUAUCAUUGUUCGAAGACUUAUUCGUAUACCAAAAUAUUUCCAUAAAAUAAUACCAUUAUGGGAUAUUAAAUAUGUUUCGACUACUUCAUAUAUACAAAAUACUAUUUUAUCAUCACCCAAAGAUAUUCAAUCAGUAAUUUUACCGGGUCCAGAAAGAAUUAGAGCUUCAACACUUUUAAAAGAUCCAUAUGAAUUACUAAGAUACUGUGAUAAUUUUUGUACAGUUUAUGAAACUUGGCAUUAUGGACUUAAACUUUCAGGUGAUGGAGAUUGCCUUGGAACUUAUUCUAAAGAGACAAAGCAAUAUGAAUGGAUUAAAUAUAGUGAGGUUAUAAAAAGAGGUGAAUACUUGGGAUCUGCUCUAAUUUCAUUGGGUUUAAAACCAAAAAAUGACUCAUUUGUUGGUAUCUAUUCCAAAAAUAGAAAUGAGUUUGUUAUGUCCAAUUUGGGAUGCAUCACAUAUUCUAUGGUGCCUGUACCUCUCUAUGAUACUUUAGGAAAAGAUUCACUUCAUUUUAUUAUUAACCAAGUUGAAUUACCAAUUGUAAUAUGUGAUUCAGUUGAAAGAGCAUCAACACUAUUAGAAGAAAAGGAUAAAAUUCCUACAUUAAAAUCAAUAGUGGUAAUGGAUGAAGUAAAUGAUGAUGUGAAACUGAAAGCUCAUGCUAAAGGAAUUUCUUUAUUUUUAUAUUCUGAAUUUGAGGAACUAGGAAGAAAUAAAAUUCUUAAACCUGUGCCUCCAAAACCAGAAGAUUUAUAUGUAAUUUCAUAUACAAGUGGAACUACAGGUUCACCUAAAGGAGUAUUGAUCACUCAUUCUAAUAUUGUUUCUUGUUUAGCUGCUAUAAAAGUUGCUUCAGGGGCAGCUUAUAAUGAUGGGAAAAAGUUUUUAUCUUAUCUUCCUGCAGCUCACGUUUAUGAAAUUGUUAAUCAAUUAACAAUAGUACACAAAGGUGGAAAAAUUGGUUUUUAUAGUGGUGAUAUUAAAAAUGUAUUAGAUGACAUAUUAAGAUUCCAACCAACAAUGCUGCCUUUAGUACCAAGAAUAAUGAAUCGCUUAUAUAGUAUUAUUAUGGAUGACAUGAAGAAGAAUCCUGUAAAGAGAUAUUUUUGGAAUAUUGCAUUGAAGAGAAAGGAAAGUUUGCUAAAACGUGGCAUUUUACGAAAUGAUACAAUAUGGGACAAAUUGUUUUUUGACAAGUUAAUAAGAGAUCUUGGUGGAAAUGCUGCAGUCAUUUCUUCUACUUCUGCACCAAUUUCUCCGGAAGUUAUCAGAUUUUUUCGACUAGCAUCUGGCUGUCAAGUAAGUUUUUAUUUCCAAAGAUAAUGUUUAGAAAUACUA